CAGACCUAGACUGUGGGCAAGAGCAUCCUCGGCUGUGCUUCUCCGGGAUCACAUGCUCUUUGUUGGCACAUUGUUGGGAGUGGGUGAGGCGGAAGUAGACCAAAAAUGCUUGAAUGUUGGUUGGUGAGUAGAGAUAAGAGACACGGUCGUAUUAAACUACCACACGCAGAGAAUCUAGUGAUUGGCCGUGGACCAGAGACAGAGAUAGUGGACAAGAAAUGCUCUAGACACCAAGUUCAGUUGACAGCAGAUUGUAACAAAGGAUAUGUGAAGGUCAAACAGGUAGGGACUAACCCAACAAGCGUCGAUUCAGUUGACAUCGGUAAAAAUAAAGAAGUUAAGCUGAAGUCUGGAAGCACCUUGCACAUGGUGAAUAACCUGUACCCGUAUAUGGUCGAGUUUUUGGAAGGAACUAGUGAGGCAUUUCUGAAAAAAGGGGAAGAGAAAAAAAUUUGUAAUAAGAGGCCAUCUGAGAGCGCUGUGAAUGAGAGCGGUGAUGGUCCGAAGAAAUGUGGGAGAAUGGACACAGAGACAAGUGUUUCCAGUUCUAAAACAAGUAAGAACACCGAGCCACCGACAUCCGAGAAGCCAAGCCAUGUUCCCGAGGUUAAAAACCAAGGACAUUGGAGUCAAGGGUUAACGGUUUCCAUGCAGGAUCCAACAAUGCAGGUUUUCAAGGAUGAUAAAUUAGUGGUGAUUAAAGAUAAAUACCCAAAAGCUCGUCACCACUGGUUGGUCCUGCCGUGGGAAUCGAUAUCCAGUCUGAAGGCACUAAGGGUUGAGCACUUGGAGUUGCUGCAACACAUGCAUUCUGUAGGCGAGAAGAUGAUACAGGAGCACACAAAACUCUCUAACACCAAGUUCAGAUUAGGGUACCAUGCCAUUCCAAGCAUGAGUCACGUUCACCUACAUGUCAUCAGUCAAGACUUCGACUCACAGUGUCUUAAAAACAAAAAGCACUGGAACUCUUUCACCACAGAUUACUUUUUGCAGUCUGAAGAUGUGAUUGAGAUGGUAAAGCUGAAUGGCAGAGUGACCGUGAAGGACGGGGUGUCCGAGCUCCUGAAAUCUCCUCUGCUGUGCCACGUGUGCAAGCAGCCGCAAUCGACCAUUCCUCAACUGAAAGAGCAUCUGAGGAAGCACUGGGCACAAUAGCCAUGCAAACGCAAGGCCUGUAGGACACUCAGAGACUCGGUUAUUUAGCAGAGGUUUGUUUAAUCAGUUUUUAGGUUGUUGUCCAGUUAAUGUCCCAUUAAAAA